CUGCCGCUUCCCUCGGCGUCGCCCACCCGAGCCGACGCCAUGAACCCCGACCUGCGUAGGGAGCGGGCCGCUGCCACGUUCAACCCGGAGCUGAUCACGCACCUUCUGGACGGCAGCCCUGAGAAGACCCGGCGCCGCCGAGAGAUCGAAAACAAGAUUCUUAGUGACCCAGACUUCCAGCAUGAGAAUCACAACUUCCUCACGCGCAGUGAGCGUUAUGAGGCGGCUAUCAAGAAGAGCGCUGUCAUGGUGAAGAAGAUGAGGGAAUUUGGCAUUGCGGACCCUGAUGAAAUCAUGUGGUUUAAAAGACUACUUUUGGGCAAUUUUGUGGAACCUGUGGGCCUCAAUUACUCCAUGUUUAUUCCCACUUUGCUGAAUCAGGGCACCACUGCUCAGCAAGAGAAAUGGCUGCACCCAUCCACUGGACUUCAGAUAAUUGGCACCUAUGCCCAGACGGAAAUGGGCCACGGAACUCAUCUUCGAGGCUUGGAAACCACUGCCACAUAUGAUCCCAAAACCCAAGAAUUCAUUAUCAACAGUCCUACGGUUACCUCCAUUAAGUGGUGGCCUGGUGGGCUUGGGAAAACGUCAAAUCAUGCAAUAGUUCUUGCCCAGCUCAUUACUCAGGGGAAGUGCUAUGGGUUACAUGCCUUCAUUGUACCUAUUCGUGAAAUAGGGACCCACAAGCCCUUGCCAGGUAUUACUGUGGGAGACAUUGGUCCUAAAUUUGGCUAUGAAGAGAUGGAUAAUGGCUACCUGAAGAUGGACAACUAUCGUAUUCCCAGAGAAAACAUGCUCAUGAAAUAUGCCCAGGUGAAGCCUGAUGGCACAUAUGUGAAACCUGUGAGUAACAAGCUGACUUACGGGACCAUGGUGUUUGUGAGGUCCUUCCUUGUGGGAGCAGCAGCUCAGUCUCUCUCCAAGGCAUGCACCAUUGCCAUCCGAUACAGCGCCGUGAGGCACCAGUCUGAAAUCAAGCCAGGUGAACCAGAACCACAGGUUUUGGAUUUUCAAACACAGCAGUAUAAGCUCUUUCCAAUCCUGGCUACCGCCUACGCCUUCCAAUUUGUAGGCAGUUAUAUGAAGGAUACCUACCACCGGAUUAAUGAGAGCAUUGGCCAGGGGGACCUGAGUGAACUGCCUGAGCUGCAUGCCCUCACUGCCGGUCUUAAGGCUUUCACCACCUGGACUGCAAAUGCUGGUAUUGAAGAGUGUCGACUGGCUUGCGGUGGGCACGGCUACUCUCACUGCAGUGGUAUUCCAAACAUUUAUGUCACUUUCACACCAGCUUGUACUUUUGAAGGAGAAAACACUGUCAUGAUGCUACAGACAGCCAGGUUCCUGAUGAAAGUCUAUGACCAAGUGCAAUCAGGGAAGCUGGUGCAUGGCCUGGUGUCCUACUUGAAUGACCUGCCCAGUCAGCGCAUCCAACCACAGCAAGUGGCGGUCUGGCCAACCGUGGUGGACAUCAACAACCCUGACAGCCUGACAGAAAUAUACAAGCUUCGUGCAGCCAGGUUAAUAGACAUUGCUGCUAAAAGCCUUCAGGGUGAAAUGAGUCACAGAAAGAGCAAGGAAGUAGCAUGGAACCUCACUUCUGUUGGCCUGGUUCGAGCAACUGAUGCACAUUGCCACUAUGUAGUAGUUAAGCUCUUUGCCGAUAAACUCCUAAAAAUUCAAGAUAAAACCAUCCAAGCCGUCUUAAGGAAUUUGUUUCUCUUGUAUUCUUUGUAUGGAAUUAGUCAGAAGGCAGGAGAUUUUCUACAGGGAAACAUUAUGACAGGGUCGCAGAUUACUCAAGUAAACCAGCGUGUAUUGGAGUUGCUUGCUGUAAUCCGCCCUAAUGCUGUUGCUUUGGUGGAUGCAUUUGAUUAUAAGGAUAUAACACUUGGCUCUGUUCUUGGCCGUUAUGAUGGGAAUGUAUAUGAAAACUUGUUUGAAUGGGCCAAGAAAUCCCCACUGAACAAAACAGAGGUCCACGAAUCUUACCACAAGUACCUGAAGCCCCUGCAGUCCAAGCUCUGAAGUGCCAUAAGGCCAAGUCUAACCUGCAAGGAGUAGCCGUAUGUGGCUCCUGCUGCCUGAUGUGCAAACCUGCACGGAUGCUAGCAGAUUCAUAUAGCGCAGAGCAAAUGAUAAAUUCACCUUGUUCUCUUUUAUUAAAAAAAAAAAAAAGCAGAUUUCAUA